AUGCGCCUCCGCACACGUGGCUUUCAAAUGCCCCACUGCAGCCGCCUGCCCAAUGGGCAGCGGCCACGCAUUCUCCCUUCCCUGGACUACUCUUGGUGGGUGGAGAGAGCCGCAGAAGGCAGCUGGAGGAAAGAAGACGAUAACAACUUAGCACGGGAGGAGGAAGUGGAGAGGACGGCGCGAGGCUUGGCCGUGCCGGCGAGUUGGGGUGCUUUUCCUGCGGUCGGAGAUGCGACCGUUGGGACCCGGGAGACAGCGCAGUUCGGCUUCGGGUUCGGGGGCGGCUCCCGCGACGGCGGCCGCCACCUGAGCAGGAUGUUUAACUGGAACGACGAGCAGCCGCAGGUAGGGGAUGCAAUAUGGGCUGAGUUCAAUGAGAGUGAGGACCAUAUUGUGCCUUAUCCUAAAGGUGCAGAAGAUAGUACGACUCGCAAGAACAAUGAGGAAGAGGUGGCUAGUAUUGCUGGCAUCACUGAACAUUCUGCAGGUGUUCAAACUGGACUUCAAGGGAUGGAAAAGCAGACUGCAAAUCAGACAAGUGCACAUUUUUCAGCCACACGAAUUGACAUGGAAUCCUGGCCUGACCUUCCUUCCCUGAAUCCUACACUUGAUAGAAACUAUAGUGAUGACAACACAGCAUCCACAUAUCUGGAUUUCAGUGCUGAACCCAGUUUACAGAAAGUGACAGGAAAAGCUACAGGGAAACUAGAUGGUGAAUCAGAAGUGUUCGGUAAUGAUCAAGAAGAAAAGAGUAACAGUUUCCUUGAUUGCGACUGGGGCAAUAUUGGAGAUUUUGAUGAUUUUGACCGUCUAUUUAGCAAUAGUGAUUCCAUAUUUGGUAAUGAGAUAGUUGCCAACGACAGCGAUUUUCUUUCUGCAUCUUCGAAUUUGAUGGAUAAUGCUGUGCAAUCAAUCCCAAUUCCGCAACUACCAUUGAAUAAACAACCAUCAUGUGAUCGUGGGCCUUCUUUGCUUCUGACUAACGAAAUUUCCAGUGGUGUUACCAAACAAGAAAAUAAGGUAGCAAAUGCUAAUGCUAAAUCUGGAGAGGAAGCUGAGAUUAAAAUUCAUCUGACUUGUGAAUAUUCUGGGAAACCAAAUCAGUUCUUCCAGGAAGUCGAAGUGCAGAAGAGGCCAGUGAGGUCACGCAGAAAACCAGAGGAAAGAGGUAAAAGUAAAAUAUCCAGCAGUACAAGUGGCUUCUGCCAGAGCAAAGUAGAGAAUCCAUCGACGAAUUUGCAAGCUCCUAUGCAACCUGUACAAACUCCUCAAUAUGCACUGUUCCAGGAUAGCAAGAAGAUAGGACAAGUUCAGCAUGCUAAUCAGUUUAUGUUUCCUGGAUAUGGGUAUCCUGCGUAUCCAUUUCCUACCAUUCCGUUAGUGUCAAACAUUCAAGCUGAAGGCUAUCAGACAAAACCAACUGGCACAAGCUACCGAACUUUGGAAGAUUCCCGAAAACAGUCAAGUUCCAUAGAAAUGUCACAAGACAUUCCAUCAAGACCAGUGACAAUGACACCACAAGAAAAGAUAGAAAAGCUUAGGCGCCGGCAGCAAAUGCAAGCACUGAUAGCUAUUCAGCAACAGCAGCAACAGUUUGGUCAAGAGGGUUCUGGCAGUGACACAAUGGUGUCUCAAGCAUACUCCCCUAGGAACAAAAAUCCGGAUUCCUUAGGGAGUUCAAUUGUCAUAGAUGAAAAUGCAAAUAAGGUUUUUUCGCCUGAGAUGAUUCCAACUAACCAUGACCUGGUUCACAAGAGUUCUGCAAUUUCAGAUGAUCCCUUUAUAGAGGAAAAAAUAUAUUAUCAGCUACAAGAUGCUCUUGGCAAGGCAAUUUGUUAA